AGGAGCAAGUCUGGAGGACUGUCUGCCUUUGUUGUUCUUCCCUCUGUAAUCCACUGGCUAUAGCUUAGAAACAGACCCAUCAUUAAGAGACUACAUGGACUGUGGAGUCAAUGGGAGAAAGUGAAAUACUGGAGUCAAGGAAGCUAACAGCAAUAGAAGCUUGAAGUUUCCCAUCAUCACAUUGUAUGGAUUGGAAUUGAGGAAGAAGACAGAGAGCUGCCUACUAACCAGGGUCUUAGCUUUCACCUCUGAGAAUGCUGUUCUCCGAUGACUUCAGUACUUGGGAGCAGAGAUUUCAAGAACUGAUCCGGGAGGAGAAGCCCGGGGCCAAGUGGACCCUGCACUUGGAUAAGAACAUUGUACCAGAUGGUGCAGCUCUGGGAUGGAGGCAGCAGCAGCAGACAGUAGUUGGCAGGUUCCAGUGUUCCAGAUGUUACAGAAGUUGGACCUCUGCUCAAGUGAAGAUCGUAUGCCACAUGUUCCAGGAUGCUGGGAAAACACAGGGCCGGGUACUCAUGAGGAUCUUUGGUCAGAGGUGCCAGAAGUGUUUUGGGUCUCAAUUUGAGAGCCCUGAGUUCUCCACAGAGAGCAUUGAAAGGAUGCUGAAUAACCUGGUUAAUUAUAUUCUGCAAAGAUACUACGGACAUAGGAAGAUAGCAUCAAUCUUGAAUGCAUCUUUGGAUGAAAAGGUGCUUUUGGAUGGGCCCCAUGACACAUUAAAUUGCGAGGCAUGCAGUCUGCACCCCCAUGGAAGGUGUGCCGUUGCACAGAGAGUGAGGCCACCCAGAUCCCCAUCUCCAUCUCCAUCGCCAUCACCAAAGAGCCACAGUUCCUCUCCAUCAAGGAGCCACCCUCCUUUACUUCAGACUGAGAUUACAGGUUUUAGGAACAGGCCUUUUCAGGAAGUCAGAGAGCCCGGUGAAGCAGCAUCACCACUAUUAGUGAUUUUGUCUGUCGCUGCGCUUGCCCUUAUUGGUUUCUUCAUUAGAUAAUAGGUUUAUCAUCUUGUUUUAAUCCCGUGGUGAUCAAUAAAAUGGAUGUCAUUUCAACGUGACAGUGAAUUCAUGUGGGAUCGUAUAGAGAAUAAACCUGCUUUCCUGGGCAUGCUCUGAAAAUGGCCUAAAACAUGGCCCACACAUAAUGGAUCCAAUAACAAAUCUGUGUUGAAUUGCUGAACUGUCUGUACUAGCUUUCACACUUACUGUUCUCAAGCAGUGUUGAUUAAAUCUUGAUGAUAACUAACAGUCAUGAGUGUUAUGAAGUACAGAGUGGUGGCAGGAGUAAGGGGGCACCUAGUAGGCCCCUGCCAAGGAGUCCCCCUUAGAAAUCAUGCCAUGUGACAGAUCUGGUGUAAGGGAGUUUUCUUGAGGGGGAAAUGGGGAGCAGGGACCUGGAGAAGAGGGGAGCAGAGCUAUGAGGACAGAGAAGGGGGGACAGGGAAAGACAGAGAGAGAGAGAGAGAGAGAGAGAGAGAGAGAGAGAGAGAGAGAGAGAGAGAGAGAGAGAGGCAAGCCAGGAACACAUUUGGAAAAAAGAACCAAGGGUUCUAGGAGCCCUAGAAAAGUCCCUGGGAUUCUGGAAAAAGAGGGCUUGACUUUCCAGCCUGCCAUCUUUAUUGUCUCUGACAAGGAGAGGAUACCUGAAGGUGGUUUAGGACUACAGAGAAGUUAGCCAUGAAGGAAAGAGGAGAAGGGGGGGGGGAGAAGGAGAAGGGGGCAGGAAGUGAGCCUGAGGCACCUGGCUCCCACCCAGUGGGCAGCAGGUAAUGAUGUAAGCCUAGGUCCAGGGGAGAAGCUUAGUGUAAUCUUCUGUUAACCAAUGAAGAGUAUUAUCAUAAAUUUACUGUGGCAGACUGGGUAAUGCUUCCCCCACCAAAAAUGCCCUUCCCCAUAUCCUCUAGAAUUUGUUAAUAAACUGCAUUUGUUGGAAG